UGAUUGAUAUUUUUUAGCACUCCAUUCAAUCAACAGUAAACAGUUCGUCUUCACUCCAAUCAGAGAAAUACAUUAAUUAUUUUAAAAAAUGUUGCCCGCUCUCAAGAAAUAUUUUGGGUAUUCUGAAUUUAGGCCGUACCAGAAGGAAGUGAUCGAGAAAAUUUUAGAGAGAAGGGACUGUUUAGUAGUUAUGGCUACUGGCAGUGGAAAAUCUUUAUGCUACCAGGUUCCUCCUUUGGUUGUUGGAAAGACUGCUGUAGUUAUAAGUCCUCUUAUAUCUUUAAUGCAAGAUCAGGUGAUGUCUCUGAAACAAAAGGGGAUUAGAGCUGAAUAUCUUGGAACUGGCCAGACUGAUCACUCCGUCCAUAAUUUAGCACAAAAUGGUCAUUUUAAUUUAGUAUUUGUUACUCCUGAAAAGGCAUGCUCCCUUCCUGCCAGCUUCUGGUCAAAUUUGCUUAAGGCGGGAAUCUGUUUGCUCGCUGUUGAUGAAGCACAUUGCAUAUCAGAAUGGGGUCAUAAUUUCAGGGUGGAAUACAAGCAGUUAGACAAGUUGCGCAGUGUUCUCUUAGAUGUUCCAUUUGUGGGCUUAACUGCAACUGCUACUGCAAAGGUUAGAGUCGACAUCAUCAAUUCCUUAAACUUGAAUGAUCCUUAUGUUGCCAUUGGCUCAUUUGAUCGCAACAAUCUGUUUUAUGGCGUCAAACAUUUUAACCGAGGUCCCCAUUUCACAAAUGGGCUUGUGCAAGAUAUUUCAAAAUUUGCAGCACAUGGUGACUCCACAAUUAUUUACUGUACAACAGUGAAAGAUGUUGAAGAGAUGUUCAAGUUACUUCAGCAGGCAGGAAUUAGGGCUGGAAUGUACCAUGGCCAGAUGGGCAAAAAUGCUCGUGAGGAGUCCCACAGAUCAUUUAUAAGAGAUGAACUGCAUGUCAUGGUUGCCACUGUUGCCUUUGGGAUGGGCAUUGAUAAACCAAACAUACGACAAGUAAUACAUUAUGGUUGUCCAAAGAGUCUAGAGUCGUACUACCAGGAAAGUGGACGAUGUGGAAGAGAUGGUAUACCUUCUGUCUGUUGGCUUUAUUACACAGGAAGUGACUUUGCAAAAGGCGACUUCUAUUGUGGAGAACUGAAGACAGAAAAUCAGAGAAGAGCAGUUAUGGAGUCUUUAAUGACUGCAAAGAAAUAUAGCACAAUAACAACUUGCAGAAGGAAGUUUUUGCUCGAGUACUUUGGGGAAAUUAUUUCAGCCGAGAAAUGUGGAAAUUGUGAUAACUGUACGGAGUCGAAAAGGGAGCGUGACCUAUCCAAGGAAGCGUUUCUUUUAAUGGCUUGCAUCAUUUCAUGUAGGGGUAACUGGGGCCUCAAUACGCCAAUAGAAGUUCUUCGUGGGUCUAGAGCAAAAAAAAUUCUUGAUAUGCAUUUUGACAAGCUUCCACUUCAUGGACUUGGGAAAGGCUACUCAUCAAAUUGGUGGAAAGCACUGGCUAACCAAUUAAUUUGCCAUGGUUACCUGGUGGAGACAAUUAGAGAUGUAUAUAAAUUUGUAAGUGUUGGUACCAAAGGAGAGCAAUAUCUUAACUCUGCCAGGACUGAUUAUCAACCACCACUAUUGUUGCCAUUAACUGAUCAAAUGGUUGAUGAUGAAGAAAAUCAAGCCACAACUGACACAGUUGAAAAUUUUAAGAGUUUGGCGACUUUGCAGUCUGAAGGCUUUUCGGAGGCUGAGGUACAACUCUAUCAAAAGCUUUUGGAAGAGAGAAUUAAGCUUGCAAGUAGCAUUGGAACUGCUCCAUAUGCUAUAUGUGGUGAUCAAACAAUCAAACGAAUUGCUUUGACAAGACCGUCUACCAAAGCUAGGCUAGCAAACAUUGAGGGUGUCAACCAGCAUCUUGUUGCUAGACAUGGAGAUCUUCUUCUUCAAUCUAUUAGGCAGCUGUCGCAAGAGCUAAAUAUUGCCUUGGAUGGGGAAGCGAGUUUACAGACAGCUGCUAAUACCAAACAAGUACAUGCGAUACCCAAUAACCAGAGAAAGUUGUCGCCAGCUAAGUUUGAAACUUGGAAAAUGUGGCAUGAAGAUGGGCUAUCAGUUCAUAGAAUAGCAAACUUCCCUGGUAGAUCAGCACCUAUAAAAGAGCAAACUGUUUGUGACUAUAUUCUGGAUGCUGCUCAAGAAGGAUAUGGGAUUGAUUGGAUCAGAUUCUGUAGUGAGAUUGGACUGACACGUCAAGCUUCGUUGGAUAUUCAAUGUGCCAUCACAAAGGUUGGCUCUACAGACAAGUUAAAACCAAUUAAAAAUGAAUUACCAGAAGAUGUAAGUUAUUUGCACAUCAAGACUUUUCUGACAAUGCAAAAAUGUGGGAUGUCUCUCGAAGUAACGCCGCCUAGCAAUUCAAGUCCGUUAAAUGCUGAUGACAUUAAGAACAAAGAACUAAAGGCAGAACCCAUUGAUUUUGAAGAUAUGUGCUCCCCGGAAAAACGCCAAAAAAUCUACGUAACAGAUGAAAGAUGUAUGUUGGAGGCAACAGAAACUUCCGUAUUAGAUUGGCUAAAGAAUUGUGACGAAGGGGCUUCACUGUCUGAUAUUCUGAAGCACUUCAAUGGAACUAAAGAGGAAUCUUUGAUUGAUCUAUUAAGUAGCCUUGAAGGUGACUUCAUGAUUUAUAAAAAGAACGAUCUGUAUAGGAUUUUGUAAUAAGCAGAUGCAUUAUAUCAUUAAGAGUAGUUGUACAUGUGUCUUUUCAUUGCUGAAUAUGCACCUUUUUGUAAAAGAGUUUUUAAUGUUAUUCAGAGAGAUUAUUCUAUUACUA